GUCACAGUAUUAUGCUUCAUUAGCCACAGAAUUGAAGAGAGCAUGACGGCUGGAGUUGUGAGAGCAAUGGAUGAGGAAAGCAUAAAGAGUAUCCGGCAGUUAUUUAUCUAUAGUGCAUCUAUUUCUGGUGUGACUGAAGAGUCAUGGACUGAAGAGAACAUGAAGCCCCUGGAUCAGUUCAUUGAGGACACGUCUAUCACAUCAGUGGUAGUUUAUAUGCACUCCUCGGAGGGACUUCGAGUGGAGUACAGCAUGCCUUUACCAGAGAAUGUGGUUGAGGAGCUAUGCUAUUUUACCCGCAUACCGGGAGCCAUAAUCACAGAAGAAACAUUUGAUGCAGCCAUACAGUUUGGCAAAGCAAGGGGCGACUCUCUCCUCAGGCUGCUUCAUUAUAUGGCCUGUUUGCAUGCACCCUCGAUAGCCGUCAGCACCUACAAAGAGCAGAAUAUCAGGGAUGACUACAUCAAGAGCAUGCACUUCUUCACUGCCUCCAGCACAGAUUACUUGUAUGAGAAGUCAGGCCACACAGUUCUUUACAUUCCUAUGGAAGCCCUACAGUGGAGUCCUGAGGAGGCCUGCAAGGACAAGAAACUAAUACAGAGAAUGGAGAUUAUCAUAAUCCACUGGACUGAUCAGAUCAAGGAGCUACUGAAAGCCCAAAAGAUAGUGGAGAUCAGAGACAACUGCGGACCUUUGCAUGAAAUAGCCUUCUGGAAGAGCCGCGCUACCAAGCUGUCAGAAAUCAGUCAGCAGCUGCAAAAGCCUCAAGUCAGACACAUCCAGAACAUUUUGCUGCUGGCUAAAUCUAUGUAUGUAAAGAGCUUUUGCCAACUGGCCAAGGAAAUACGGGAUUGCUCCCUGCAGGCCCAGUCAAACCUGACCUUCCUGUCCAUACUGAAGGAGCCCUGUGAAGAGCUUUUCCAGCUUAAGCUGGGACAGAUUGCUUCAAAACUACGACACAUUGUUGUUCUUAUUCGCAUCAUCUGGGUCCACUCCCCCUUCUAUAACACCAUUGAGAGAAUAACUGGGCUCUUCUGCCAGAUGAGUAACGACAUCAUCUACCUAUGCACCCAAAAGAUAUCCCUGGACAAAAUUUUUGAUGGUUAUGUGAUAUCAAGCAAGCAAGUCUUAAAUGACUGUGUGCAGUGCUGCCUGUCCUGGAAGGAAAUUUACGAGGAAGUCUCACAGCUGCAUCACAAGCAUUGUAACAAAGACUGGGUGCUGGACAAAACAAGUUUUUUUGUGGUGAUUGAUGCUUUCAUUAAAAGGCUCAGAGACCUGCUUGAGGUUUGUGACUGCCAGCAACAAUUUGCCCGUUGGGAGGAUGGUCAGCAGAGAGAUCUGCCAUGUUUUAAAGGGUGCAAAGGACCUGAGUUCACCAGUCAACUCCUGGAAAUUGAGGGCAACUUCCAUCGUAGCCUCCAGAACCUGCGUGCUAUUGACAAGGGCAUCCUUGAUGUCAAAGAUGCCACCUGGAACAGUGAAUUCAAGAGGUUUUGCACAUUUGUAAAGGAUCUGGAAAUGAUGACGCAGAACCUGAUCAAUUCAAUAUUUAAGACCGUGACCUCGGUUCAGGAAGGAGUUUGGCUUCUCGACAUUUUUCACCCUAUGUCUACUCGCGAGACCAUUAAACGCUCCAUUGAAGAGAAGGCAGAGGAAGUUUACGCUGUCUUUAACAAUGAGCUCAAAGUAGUUAACAUGAUACUGAACCAGGGGAAGUGGUCCUCUCCUAAACAUGUGCCCAAGACUGUGAACCAGGUCCUGUGUGCAAGGGCCCUCAAAUGGCACUUAGAUAGAUCUAUGGAGGUACUUCACAUUGAUGACUUUAUCUCCAGCACCCCCAGCCGCAUGCAGAUAGUGUCCAGCUGUGGUCAGAUAGUCCAGGUUUUGGAUGACAUUAUCAGGAAAAUCUUCAGUGAAUGGAGCCAGAAGUUAGACUUGCAGUUGGUCAAGAAACUGGAGCAGCCACUCUUGGUGCGCUGCACGGAAACUCCAACUAAACUGGAUUCCAACUUUGACAACAACUUGUUGAAUCUGAUUUCUGAGAUCCAAUACUGGGAACGACUGAAGUAUGAGAUCCCCCAGUGCCUCUCUGACAUGUACCAGAAUAGGGAGGAUAUCAGGGUUCUGAGAGAGAGAGUACUGCUGCUGAGCAGGAACUACAACAGAAUUAUUGGAAUGUUGUCUCCUGAUGAGUUGGGUCUGUUUCGGGAACAAAUUUGUUUCAUCGAUAAAAAGAUUGAACCAGGUCUUAGUAAGCUCGUAUGGUUGACUAAAGGAGCUUCCAACAUGUUCAUCAAUGACUGUCUCCUCCACGUUCACAAGGUCCAAUCAACAGUUGAUAGUUACAAAGUCUCCAAUCUUUUCAUCUCGAACAUCUGUCGGAAAAUUAGUGAAACAUUGCUGGUAAAGUUAGAUGGCAAGACUGUCUACAGUAACUUGGAGUUUGAGGAUGACCAGAAGACUCACCAGCAGAGCUGUCUCCAAACAUUGCACUCAGCACAUCAGGAUAUUGCUGAUAUCAUGACCCAGAUCCACAGAACCUUUGCUAAUGACAGAGCUGAGGUCCAGGAGCACUGGGUGACCUACAUGGAGAAAGUGGACCAUAUGAUAGAGGAAGCUUUCAGGAGCAACAUCAGAGACUCUAUGAAGAAGUUAUACAGAGCCAUCUGUGGGGAUACCAAGACAUCACCCAACCCCUUGUUUAAAGUCCUUGUAGCACUAAGCCAGACACCUCCCCAAACUGCACCAAAGGUGGAGUUCUCCCCAGCUCUGAGCAAGCUUGCUCAGAUUGUGAACGUUUUGCCACAGCUCAUCAGUGUCAUCUCUGAAUUUGCACGACUCCCUGAACUUCUGUCUUGCAAAGGGUCUCAGAUGAACCCCGUACACAUCAGCAUAGAGCAAGAUGAGGGGAUAAAAAAGAUUCAGGCUGCAGUUAAGAAAGGAAUGAUGGCCAAAGCUACCCAUCUGAAGGCAUAUUUGAAGAACUGGGACAAAUACUGUGCCAUUUGGGCUAUGAACAAGGAUUCCUUUAUUCAACACUACAAGACACAGAACAAACCAGUAUCAUUUUUCGAUGCAGAUAUACAAAGAUACUCAGAGGAGGCCAACAGCAUUCAACAGGAAGAAACUAUGUUUACUAUUCAGUGUGUUAUGCUGGACUGUUCACCACUCAAGGCAUCCUUGGUCCAGCACUGCAUUGAGUGGCAAACCAAGUUGACUCAGCUUCUUAAUCAGAUUGCCAGCACCCAGUUGAAAGAGCUUUUUUUCUCACUGCAAGACAAUGCCAACAGGCUGAGACAUCCUCCACAGACACUGGCAGAGCUUGGUGAGAACCUAAAGCUUCUGGAGAUUCUUCAGAACAAUUUGCCCAAGACAGAAGCUCUGAUACCUGUCAUCCAUGAACAGUUUGCUGUCCUGGACAAAUAUGAAGUUUCACUGGAAAAGACUGUGGAGGAGAUGCGUGAGGGACUGAAUGAGGAAUGGGUCAUGUUCCAGCAAAUGCUGAUUGACAGUGACAUCAUGCUGCAGAAAAACAAGGAAAAGUUUAAGAACAAUCUCAUCCUCUCGUCUGAGGAGUUCAAGACAAAGAUAGAGAACACUGUGGAAGAGUUCAACAAAAAAGGUCCAUUUAGCAAUUCAUUGGGUACUGACUUGGCUGAAAAACAAAUGGCAGAGUAUCGCAGCCAACUGGAGACUCUAAAACAGGAGGAGAACACCAUCCUUAAUGGACUGGCCUUUUUCCAAAUCCAUCACCUCCCCUCCAAAAGGAUCCAGAUGCUGGAAAAGGACAUAAAUCAACUGCAACAGGUUUGGGAAAUCACAGAGGAAUUUAAUGCUAAUUGGAACAACUGGAAGGUGCAUCAGCUUGCUACGCUGCAGACUGAAAGGAUGGAGAGCACAGCGCAGGACAUUUUCAAAACACUCCACAUAAUCCAGAGAGAUCUCAAGGAUAAGAAGUGGGACAUAGUGGAUUUCUCCAAGAAGAAAAUUGACCAGUUAAAGCAGAUCAUCCCUCUUAUUGCUGAUCUGAGGAACCCAGCCAUGAGAGACAGACAUUGGCAACAGAUAUGUGAGGAGGUGCAGUGCUCUUUUAACCCAACCAGUACUGAGUUCACGCUGGAGAAGAUCAUGUUCCUGGGACUUCACAAUAAGGCUGAAAAAAUCAGUGAGAUCUCUGGAGCUGCCAGCAAGGAACUCUUCAUUGAACAGGGUCUGGAUGAGAUUAUCAAAACAUGGGAGGCAAUAUCUCUGGACAUAACAACUUACAAAGAUAAAGGACACUUCCGAUUGAGGGGCACUGAGGAAAUUUUCCAGACACUGGACGAUCACCAUGUUAUUUUAUCUACGAUGAAAGCAUCACGGUUUGUUAAAGCUUUUGAGGAGGAGGUGGAUCUAUGGGAGAAACGACUGUCCCAUUUGCUGGAAGUCAUUGAGAUGAUUCUCACGGUGCAGCGCAACUGGAUUUAUUUAGAGAACAUUUUCCAAGGGAAGGACAUCAGAGAUCAACUGCCUCAAGAGUGUAAAGAGUUUGAAGGUGUUUGUGUAAGUUGGAAAACCAUAAUGGACCAUCUGCACAAGAAUAAUAAUGCCUUGAGGGGUACACAUCAUCCAGGCUUGCUAGAGACAUUGACACAAAUGAGUUGCAAGCUGGAGGAAAUCCUGAAGGCCUUGGACAUGUAUCUGGAGACCAAAAGACAGAUCUUCCCAAGAUUCUAUUUCCUGUCCAAUGAUGACGUACUGGAAAUCCUGGGACAGUCACAGUACCCAAAAGCCAUGCAGCCUCACCUAAAAAAGUGUUUUGACAACAUCAAGAGUCUGCACAUUGACAAGUCCAGCAAAUCACAAGCUCGUGGGAUGUUCUCAGCUGAUGGGGAGUUUAUUACUUUUGGAUUUCCAGUUUUCCUGGACAAAGCAGUGGAGCUUUGGCUGUGUGAUAUUGAGAAGGCCAUGCGAGCUACCCUUAAGUUCUGUCUGAGCGACUGCCUUGCAUCUCUGAGGAAGUUAACAGGACCAAGAGACGAAUGGGUCAAGCAGUGGCCAGGACAGAUGAUAAUCACAGCCAGUCAGAUCAAGUGGACCUCUGAUGUCACCAAGGCUCUUGUCAUCAGCAAGGAGAGAGCUGACAAGUCCUCCCUGAAGUCGAUGAAGAAGAAACAGAUCUCUUUGCUUCAAUGCUAUUCGGAGAUGAUUCGUGAAAACCUCCCCAAAGUCCUUCGUCUGAAGAUCGUAGCACUUGUCACAAUAGAAGUGCACGCUCGUGAUGUCGUUGAUAAGCUGGCCAAGGCUGGAUGCAAUGACGUUAAUGCCUUUGAGUGGCUCUCCCAGCUGCGACUGUACUGGGAGAAGGACAAGCUGGAAAAUCAUGAUUGCAUUAUCCGACAAACCAACACACAUUUCAAGUAUGGCUACGAGUAUCUUGGCAACUCUGGACGGCUUGUCAUCACUCUGCUCACUGACAGGUGUUACAUGACCCUGACCACAGCACUCCAUCUCCACAGAGGAGGCUCUCCUAAAGGCCCAGCUGGUACAGGGAAGACAGAAACCGUUAAGGACUUGGGCAAGGCUCUGGGCAUGUAUGUCAUUGUCGUCAACUGCUCUGAGGGACUGGAUUACAAAUCAAUGGGACGCAUGUACUCUGGUCUGGCACAGACAGGAGCAUGGGGGUGCUUUGAUGAGUUCAAUCGUAUCAACAUUGAGGUGUUGUCAGUGGUCGCCCAGCAGAUCCUUUCUAUCCUCUCGGCCCUCUCAGCUGCAGAGUCCCAGCUGCAGUUUGAAGGGCAGAACAUACGUCUGGUUCCAACAUGUGGCAUCUUUAUCACCAUGAAUCCUGGGUAUGCUGGUCGCACUGAGCUUCCUGACAACCUCAAGUCCAUGUUCAGACCUAUUUCCAUGGUGGUACCAGACUCUACUCUAAUUGCUGAGAUCCUGCUGUUUGGAGAGGGCUUCAAUAACUGCAAGGCCCUGGCAAAGAAGGUGUUCACUCUGUACUCUCUGGCAGUGCAACAGCUGUCUAAACAGGACCACUAUGAUUUUGGUCUUCGCGCACUUACUUCUUUGCUUCGCUAUGCUGGAAAAAAGCGCCGUUCUUCUCCAAACUUUCCUGAUGAAGAGAUCCUGUUGAUGGCUAUGAAGGACAUGAAUGUCGCUAAGCUGACCUCAGCUGACCUCCCUCUGUUCAAUGGGAUCACUCACGACUUGUUCCGUUCUGUGGAAACACCUGUUAUAGACUACGGCAAAUUAAAAGAAGCCAUAGAGGUGGAGCUUUGCCAGAGCGGCUUACAGGUGACGCCUUUCACUAUAACCAAAGUCAUCCAACUUUAUGAGACAAAAAACUCUCGACACUCCUCCAUGCUGGUUGGUAAAACAGGCAGCGCUAAGAGUGUUACAUGGAGGACUCUGCAGAAUGCUCUCACUGCCUUAAACCACAAAAAAGAGCCUGGGUUUCAGCUGGUUCAGGUGUAUCCUCUGAACCCAAAGUCUAUGAAUCUGGGAGAGCUAUAUGGAGAAAAUAACCUUUCUUCUAAUGAGUGGACUGAUGGAGCGCUGUCCUCGCUCAUGAGAUCAGCCUGUGCAGAUAAGAAACCAGAUGAAAAGUGGAUUGUGUUUGAUGGGCCUGUUGACACACUGUGGAUUGAGAGUAUGAACUCUGUUAUGGAUGAUAACAAGGUGCUCACACUCAUAAAUGGAGAGAGAAUCUCAUUGCCUGAGCAGGUGUCUCUUCUGUUUGAAGUGGAGAACCUGGCAAUGGCCUCUCCAGCCACAGUGUCUCGCUGUGGGAUGGUGUACAAUGAUUAUACUGAUCUUGGAUGGAAACCUUUUGUUCAGUCUUGGCUGGAGAAGCGACAUAAAGCCGAAAUGAACCAUCUAAAGCAGUUGUUUGACAAAUAUUUAGAGAGCACGUUAAACUUUAAGAAAACCAACUGUAAAGAGCUGAUCCCCAUCACUGAACUUAAUGGCGUUGCCUCUCUCUGCCGCCUGUAUGACUCCUUGGCUACACCCAGUAAUGGGGUGAAUACCUCAGACACAGAAAACUUGGGUAGAGUGGUGGAACUCUGGUUCAUCUUCAGCCUUAUCUGGUCCAUCUGUGCCUCUGUUGAUGAGGAUGGACGCAAAAAGAUGGAUAAAUUCCUUCGAGAGAUGGAGGGCACCUUCCCUCCCAAGGACACUGUAUAUGAGUACUACGUGGACUCAAAGAAUAAAAUGUGGGCUUGUUUUGAAGAUAAACUGCCCAAAGGCUGGUGUUACAAUGCCACCGCUCCAUUCUAUAAGAUCAUGGUUCCUACAGUGGACACAGUUCGAUAUAACUUACUGGUUAUGGCUCUGGUGUUGAGUCAUUAUCCAGUGCUGCUUACAGGGCCAGUAGGAACUGGCAAAACCUCUGUGGCCCAGGGUGUCCUGCAGGGCCUGGAUAACAAGUGGACUGCCCUUACUAUCAACAUGUCAUCACAGAUCACCUCUGGUAACAUUCAAGCCAUCGUAGAGAGCCGAACUGAAAAAAGAACCAAAGGGGUGCUUGUGCCAGCAGGUGGGAAGCAGCUGCUGUGCUUUCUGGAUGACCUCAACUUGCCAGCCCAAGACCUGUUUGGCUCGCAGCCACCGCUGGAGCUGCUGCGUUUCUGGAUUGACUAUGGCUUCUGGAAUGACUGUCAGAAACAGACUCUAAAGUUUGUUAAGGACAUGUUCCUGCUGGCAUCCAUGGGGCCUCCUGGUGGAGGAAGGACUCAGAUCUCUUCACGCUUACAGAGUCGUUUUAACCUCAUCAAUAUGACCUUUCCUAAUGAAUCCCAAAUCAAGAGCAUCUACAGUACAAUGAUCAAUCAAAAGCUGCAGGGGUUUAAGGAGGAGGUGAAUCCCAUUGGAAAGACUCUAACUCAGGCCACCCUAGAACUGUAUUAUGCUGUCACUGCUUCUUUUCUUCCUACUCCUGCCAAGAUACAUUACCUCUUCAACCUCAGAGACAUCUCCAAGGUGUUUCAGGGUUUGCUAAGAGCUCAUCCAGAUUUCCAUGAUACCCAAAACAGCAUCACAAGAUUGUGGAUUCAUGAGUGCUUUAGGGUUUUUUCAGAUCGGCUUGUAAAUCAGAGUGACAUAAAUGCCUUUGUUGCUUUGCUGGAGGAAAAACUAGCCUCAGUCUUCAACAUCAGCUUCCACAGCAUCUGUCCAAACAAACAACCACCAAUAUUUGGUGAUUUCAUGAGUAAGGCUUCGGUCUAUGAGGACCUGCUGGACAUGAAGGGUCUGAAGAAGUUCAUGGAAACACAGCUGGAGGAUUAUAACCUGACACCUGGAGUAGUUUCUAUGAGCCUUGUGCUCUUCGAAGAUGCCAUCAAACAUAUAACCCGUGUUGUACGUGUAAUCAGUCAGCUCAGAGGUAACAUGCUUCUGAUUGGUAUUGGGGGUUCUGGUAGGCAGAGCCUGUCUAAGAUAGCAGCCUUCAUCUGUGAAUACCAGGUGUUUCAGGUGGAAGUUACCAAGCAGUAUCGCAAACAGGAGUUCAGAGAAGACAUUAAGAAGCUUUACCGUUUGACUGGUGUGGACAACAAGCCCACAGUGUUCUUGUUCAGUGACACUCAGACUGUAGACGAAUCCUUCCUAGAAGACAUCAACAACAUCCUGAGCUCUGGAGAGGUGCCUAACCUGUACAAGCAGGAUGAGUUUGUUGAGGUGUGCAAUGCCCUGUCUGGGUCUGCCAGGAAAGAAAAUGUGUUGGAAACUCCUGACUCCCUGUUCAGCUACCUUAUCGAGCGAGUCAGGAACAACCUGCACAUAGUACUCUGUAUGAGCCCAGUGGGAGAAGCCUUCAGAAACCGCAUCCUCCAGUACCCAGCAAUAGUCAACUGCACCACCAUUGACUGGUUCUGUGAAUGGCCCAAAGAUGCCCUGCUGGAGGUUGCUGAGAGGUACUUGGAUGGACUGGAGCUGGGCUCAAUAGAAGGGAUCCAGACAAAAGUUGCCAGUAUCUUUGUGACCACACACCAGUCAGUGGCACAGGUUUCCGAAAAGAUGAAGUUGGAGCUGAGGAGACAUAGCUAUGUAACACCUACCAACUAUCUGGAGCUGGUGUCUGGAUAUAAGAAGCUGUUGGCAGAGAAACGCAUUGAGUUGGGGGAGCAAGUGACUAAGCUGCGUAAUGGCCUUUUAAAAAUCAGUAACACACGGGAGAAAGUGGAGGCCAUGUCUGUAGAGCUCGAGGAUUCAAGGAAGCAGGUAGCUGAGUUCCAGAAACAAUGUGACCAAUUCCUGACAGUCAUUUUGCAACAAAAGAGAGAAGCUGGUGAGCAGCAGAAGAUGGUGACUGCUCAUGGUGAGAAAAUUGCAGUAGAAGAGAUAGAGUGUAAAGCCAUGGCUGAGAAUGCACAAAGAGAUCUGGAUAAAGCCCUGCCUGCCCUAGAAGAGGCCCUGAAGGCUCUGGAGUCUCUGAAUAAGAAGGAUAUGACGGAGAUCAAGUCAUAUGGCCGUCCUCCAGCACUGGUGGAGACGGUGAUGCAGGCUGUCAUGACCCUUUUGGACAAAGAGCCUUCAUGGGCAGAGGCCAAAAGGCAGCUGGGUGAGUCCAACUUCAUCAAAUCAUUGAUCAAUUUUGACAAGGAUAACAUAUCAGACCGCAUUUUGAAGAAGAUCAGCCAUUACUGCCGACAACAAGACUUCCAGCCAGAGAUCAUUGGCAAAGUGUCACUAGCUGCCAAGUCUCUCUGCAUGUGGGUCAGAGCUAUGGUGGUGUAUGGCCAAAUCUACAGGGAGGUAGAGCCUAAGAGGGCCCAGCUGAAUGCUACUAUGGCCCAGCUUGCAGAAAAACAAGCUGCAAUGGCUGAUGCCCAAUCCAAACUGCUUGAGUUGGGGGAAAAGUUGGAUCAGCUGAAAAAGCAACAUAGUGAGAAGCUGGCUAUGAAGGAGAGUCUAAGAAAGAAAGCAGAUGAGAUGGAGGUGAAACUGGACCGAGCAGACAAAUUGGUAACAGGACUUGCUGGAGAGAGGGUUCGCUGGGAAGAGAGAGUUGCUGGUCUUGAGGAAAACAUGGGAUACCUUGUGGGAGACUGUUUGCUAGCAGCAUCUUUCCUGUCCUACAUGGGACCCUUCCUGUCUAAUUAUAGAGAUGAGCUGCUGGCCAUCUGGAAGAAAGAGGUUGGGGAUUCACAAAUCCCAUACUCACCAGGAUUCAGUUUCUCAGUUUAUAUGUCCAAACCGACAACAGUGAGAGACUGGAAUAUGCAGGGCCUGCCCUCUGAUGCUUUCUCUACUGAGAAUGGAGUAAUCAUCAACCGUGGAAACCGAUGGCCACUGAUAGUGGACCCUCAGGGCCAAGCUCUAAAGUGGAUUCAACAUAUGGAAACAGAGAAGGGUCUAAAAGUAAUAGACUUUCAAAUGCCAGAUUACCUGCGGGUGCUGGAAAAUGCCAUCCAGUUUGGGAAUCCUGUUUUGCUGCAGAAUGUCCAGGAGGAAUUAGACCCUUCUCUCAACGCAGUUCUCUACAAGUCACUGACACGUAUAGGUGGCAGAUUGCUGUUGAAGCUGGGUGAUAAAGAGGUAGAAUACAAUCCAGAGUUCAGGUUCUACAUCACCACCAAGCUGUCAAACCCCCACUACACACCAGAGAUUUCCUCAAAGACUACUAUAGUAAACUUUGCUGUCAAGGAGCAGGGUCUAGAAGACCAGCUGUUAGGAAUUGUGGUGCGUAAGGAGCGUCCAGAGCUGGAACAACAGAAGGACUCCUUGGUGAUCAGUAUUGCUGCUGGCAAGAAAAGCCUGCAGGAUCUGGAGGAUGAGAUCCUCAGACUUCUAAAUGAGGCCACUGGCUCACUGUUGGAUGAUAUGCAGCUGUUAAACACCCUGCAGACGUCCAAAGUAACAGCCACCGAAGUUUCAGAGCAUCUGGAGAGCAGUGAACAGACUGAGCUCAAGAUUGAUUCUGCAAGAGAGGCUUACCGUCCAUGCGCCCAGCGAGCUUCCAUCCUCUUCUUUAUUCUAAAUGACAUGGGUAACAUUGACCCCAUGUACCAGUUCUCUCUGGAUUCCUACAUCAACCUGUUCAACCUCAGCAUCGAAAACAGCAAACGCAGUUACAAGUUGGAGGAACGGAUUGCCAACCUGAAUGACUACCACACAUAUGCUGUGUACAGGUACACAUGUCGCGGUCUGUUUGAAGUUCAUAAGCUGCUCUUCAGCUUCCAGAUGUGUGCCAAGAUCCUGGAGGUGACUGGCCAGAUCAACAUGGAGGAGUACAACUUCUUCCUUCGAGGAGGACUUGUCCUGGAUAAGGUGAAUCAGUUAAAUAAUCCAUGUGCCAGCUGGUUGUCAGACUCCAGCUGGGACAACAUCACAGAACUGGAUAAGCUGUCCAACUUCCAUGGCAUCGCGGCUUCCUUUGAAUACUUUCGUAGAGAUUGGAACGUUUGGUUCACCAGCUCUGAGCCAGAGAACGCCCCGUUACCAGGUAAUUUGGAGAAUAGUGGUAACAGUUUUAAGAAGAUGUUGAUAGUGCGAGCUCUACGUCAGGAUCGUGUCUCUUUCUGCAUCACCUCCUUCAUUGUUGGGCACCUCGGCUCUCGUUUUGUGGAACCACCAGUUCUCGACAUGGAGGCAGUUGUGAAAGAAUCCACCUGCUGCACUCCCCUUAUAUUUGUUCUAUCUCCUGGAGUGGAUCCUACAGGUGCCCUGCUGCAGCUAGCCAAAGCAUCUGACAUGAGCAAGCACUUCCAUGCACUCUCUCUGGGCCAGGGACAGGCACCCAUUGCCAAGAAAAUGAUAGAGGAGGGAAUCAAGAAUGGUCACUGGGUGUUCCUUGCAAACUGCCACCUUUCACUGUCAUGGAUGCCUGAGCUAGACAAACUCAUUAAGGAGCUGCAGGUGCUGAAACCCCACCCAAACUUCAGACUCUGGCUUAGCUCUUCACCACACCCUGAAUUUCCCAUCACCAUCCUGCAGGCUAGCAUCAAGAUGACCACUGAACCACCAAAGGGUGUGAAAGCCAACAUGAAGCGUCUGUACCAGCUGGUAACAGAGACCCAGUUCAGCCGCUGCUCAAGACCCUCACCCUACAGGAGGCUCCUCUUCUCCCUCUGCUUUUUUCACAGCAUCCUGCUGGAAAGGAAGAAGUUUCGGCAGAUGGGUUGGAACAUUGUCUAUGGCUUCAACGAUUCUGACUUUGAGGUGAGUGAGAGUCUGCUCUGUCUGUACCUGGAUAAAUAUGACGAAAUUCCCUGGGAUGCCCUCAAGUACCUCAUUGCCGGGGUCAUCUAUGGUGGUCACGUCACAGACGACUGGGACAGGCGUCUUUUGACUACGUACAUCAAUGACUACUUCUGUGAAGCUGCUAUUAACCAGCCCUUCUUUAAGUUAUCAAGCCUACCCUUCUAUUAUAUUCCCCAUGAUGGUCCUCAGUUCACAUACAAGGAACAAAUCAACAUAUUGCCACCCACAGAGCAUCCUGAGGUGUUUGGUCAGCACCUCAAUGCCGAUAUUGCAAGCCAGAUUGCUGAGACCAGGACACUGUUUGACACCCUGCUCUCGAUGCAACCCCAGGUCACCAGCACUGCCGCUCCAGGGGCCAGGCACAGUAGAGAGGAUACGGUCUUGGAGCUCUUAGCAGACGUCCAUGGAAAAAUCCCAGCAUUGAUUGAUUAUGAGGGUACGAAGACCCUCCUUAAAGAUGACCCCUCACCUCUCAAUGUGGUCCUGGUGCAAGAGAUCCAGCGAUACAACUCUCUGUUGGACACCAUAGCUUUGUCGUUGAUGGAGCUGGAGAAGGGGAUCAAAGGCUUUGUGGUGAUGUCAUCAAGCAUGGAGGAGACCUUUAACUGCAUCUAUGAUGCUCGAGUACCACCACUGUGGGAGAAGGCGUACCCCUCCCUGAAGCCCCUGGCAGCAUGGACCAGGGAUCUUUGCCAACGAGUCAAUCAGUUUGCACACUGGGCACAGACGAGCCAGCCCCCCAUCUUGUUCUGGUUGUCCGGCUUCACCUUUCCCAACGGUUUCCUCACUGCUGUGCUGCAGUCUUCUGCUCGCCAACACAAUAUAUCAGUAGACACGCUGACUUGGGAGUUUAUGGUGUCCACUGCUGAAGACAGCAACCUGCUUUCCCCGCCCAAGGAUGGGGUGUUUAUCAGAGGUUUGUACUUGGAGGGGGCUGGAUGGGACAAGAUCAACUCCUUUCUGGUGGAAGCUGAGCCCAUGCAGAUGGUCUGUCCCAUGCCCACCAUUCACUUUAAACCAGUGGAAAACCGCAAGAAGAUGUCUAAGAGUAUGUACCUGUGUCCAUGUUACUACUUCCCUGUGCGUGCUGGUAGAGCAGGCCAAGCAUCCUUUGUGGUUGGUGUUGAACUCAAAUCUGGAGCUGUGACUCCAGACCACUGGAUCAAGAGAGGGACUGCUCUUCUCAUGAGCCUGGACAGCUGAAGGCUUUAACAAAAACACCCACCCAUUUUUAAGUAAUGUUAUUUUUAGUCAUUUUUUUAUUACUUUCAAUGUUGUUUAUCAAAUGUUUUAUCUUCUUUUUUGUGGUCUUUGAGUUUUAAAGUGCACAAGGCUUUAAUGCAAACCAAACAAGAAUUGCUCUUUGACACCUUGAAUGUGGUCUGGCAAAGUUCAGCUUGGCGUCUUUCUUCUCUUUUUUGGCUCUCUUUAGUUGGCUGACUUGUAGUACAGUCCUCGCUAUAAACCUUUAGCAGCCUUUCUAAGCUGACCCCCCUGUUACCCUGCUCAGACACACCAGCAUCCACAUACAUGGACGAGGAAUUGUCCCCUGCUGUGAAGUGUGGUGGUUUUAAUAGAAUCCUCUCUGAAACAUCUGGAACAAGCAACUUCUUGCACACAUAAAUGCUUGAGUGUGUGCUCAUUAAAUUCCAACUUUUAUGAGCGGUUACAUGCUGUUAUCUAUUUUAUUUCAACAAAAAAUGUUUUACAAAGAACUCUCAGUGCUAAAAUUUAAAUAAAAUCUAUGUAUGACCACACGCCUGGAAUAAAUGCACUAGUGUAGAACUAGUAAACUGAAGAUGAAAAAGAUUAAAUAAGCAUUUUUCCCAUAAUUAGCCUGAGGAGCGAACCAGGAAGUGUGUGGAUAA